AUGGCGCCUCCUUCUCACUCGUCCCGCUGUUCCGAGUCUGCGGCGGCGGCACUGAAGCAUCUGCAAGGCGUGGAAAAACAGCUUCAGAAUGAAAGACUACUAUUCAACAAAGAAACUGUACAGCACCUUGAAGAUGCUGUCAAAGCCAUUAAAAAAUUGGAAAAGGAGAGAAAAGAUACAAUUGAAUUGUUGGAAGAAGAGACCAUAAAAAACUGUAAUCUCCGUAUCAGAGUCAAGAAUUUCCCAGCAAUUGUUAUGAAAGAAUUUGAAGAACUUGUGGCUGCUGCCCAUCGAUUUCAUCUUAACAAGUUAAGAGAAGUAGAAGCUUCUAUGAAUGAAACUAUUGCUGCAGUAGAAGAGGUGUACACAAAGCAAAUGCUCUUUGAAGAACAAAAUGAAACACUGUGUAAAGAGCAAGAUCAAACAUGGGAGAAAUAUAAUGAAAUUGUCCAAUUAGUAAACCAACAAAUGGCUGCAAAGCAUUCCAUGAACAUUAAAAUAAAUGAACUUCGUAAUAUGACAAAAAAAGAGGAAGAUGAAACGGCCAUGGAAGAGAUUGCCAUUGAAGAUCUAAAGCAAGUAAUGGCUGCAGAAGCCCUUCAAUUUAAAGAAAAGAAAGCAUCGUUAGGGCGACAGAUUGAAGAACUUCAGAAAAAACUUCAGAUGAGAAAAAAUGAGGCUGAGGAAAAGAAGAAAGAAUUUGAAGAGUUGCUUAAAAUACUAUGUCGUUUACAGAAGAAAGUUUCAUAUUAUAAUCAGGUUGUUACUUAUUUGAAAAAGGAGUUAGAAGAAAUAUUAAAAACCAUCAAAGAUCUAAUACAAGAGUAUGAGAGGAAAAAGGCUGAGAAAGAGGAGCUUAUUAAAAAAAGGCUUUGUCUUCAGGACAGUCUAGUUUCAUUAGAUACAGACUUCGAUGAAGAAAAAGAAAAUUUGCUACAGCAGCUAGCGGAGAUUGACCGGAAACUGCAAGAACUUCAGGAAGUCUAUCAAAAAGUCAAGGAGGAAAAUGAUACUCUUAAUAUGCAAUACCAAAUAUUAACAAGUGAAGAAGAACAUUUUUGUUCUGAAAGAGACAAGCUAGCAGCAGAAUUUGAAAAGUUAUCCAAUUGGCUCACAGAAAAGCUUGACUAUAUGGCAAAGCGUGUAAUAGAAACAAAAAAUACACAGGAGGAGCUGGAUGAAAUGCAGGAUAUAUAUGACUCUACACAUAGGAACUAUGCAAGAGAACUGGCAAUUUUAGAAGCAACAAUGAAAAAAGAAAGUGAUAAAAGAGAACAGUUGCAGAUUGAACUUGACAAAAUUACAGCCCUAUAUCAAGAUUUACUGGAAGCCAAUGAAAAAUUUCUGAACGAAUCAAAACAAAAACUUGAAGCUAUGAAAAAAUCCUAUAACAAGUUAAAAAAGGAGAAUGAACGUCUCAGUAAAGAAAUAAAGAAGCAUACUGAGCAUCUCAAACAUCUCACUUCCAAGCUGCAAAAAAAAGAAAUCAAUUAUAAGAAGCAAGCUGCUGAUUUAACAACAGAAAUUAAAAAAAUUGAGGAAGAAUACAACUCUAAAACAAAACGUAUGGAAGAAAUGGAAGAAAAACUACAAGAGAAUGUUCCCCUCGCAGAAGAAUUACAAAAAGAAUUAGAAGAAAUAAGCACCAAUUAUACAAAGCAAAAGGAUCUCUAUAAUGAAUUACAAGAUGAAGAAAGUGCACUUAAAGUAGGCAUAGAGCAAUCAUUAAGGGAAAUUAAGAAACUUGAAAGGCAAAAGGUAAGAAGGCAUAAUAUUUGCUUCUUAUAUUAUGUUACUUUCUAUUUAGAUAUGGUGGUGCAGCAGCUUAAAGAUGUUGGAUUUGUUAGCUGGAGAUGGUCAGCACUCCAGCAGUUCGAGCCCAAGGCAUUGCAUGGUCAAACAAUUGCAAAGGCUGAACUCAGUAGGAGCAGAGAUAAAGCAUUUGAGCAACUGACAAGUUCGACAUAUUCUAUUAAGUUUAUUGAGAGAGAUAACUAUGAAAUAGACAGAAUGCUCUUCAUUUUGAAUGGGGAGAAUGCCCGGUUAAGAGCUGGCAUUGCAUAUCUCAAGGAAGAUAUCUCCACAAUAGAUGAGGAGGCAAAGACCUAUCAGCUAAAGAGACAACAAAUCCAGCAAUGUAAAAAAGUUCUUUAUGAACUGUUUGCCGAGAAAUGGACAAAGGAUGAAUAUCUACAAAAGAUAUUUUUAAAGUACCAGCAUGAGCUCUUGAUUAUUCUGGAAGAAUAUGUCAGAAGAAAUACAAAGAGAAAUGUUAAGGUUGACUAUGUUCAUGAAGGGCUACAGCUAAACUAUGAAGAGAUGGAUUCUCUGUUAAGAAGCAAAUCUUUGCCAGAGGCUGACAAAGUAAGCAUUUUGGGGAAGUGUCACAUGAUAAAACAGACUACAAGGCCUUAUAAACUGAAGUUAGAAUACUGA